AUUGAAUGAAAUACUUUGUAAUACAAGAUGUGUGAGCAAACGGAAAUCAAUUAUUUGGAUGGAGAUGUCGUUUGGGUUAAAUUAGGAGCUUGUUGGUGGCCUGGUCGAGUUAUCGGGCUGGAUAAUUUACCUGAAGACAUACAAACUGAAUUGAAAAAGAAGCCAUUGAUAGCUGCAGUAAAGUUUUUUCAAGAAGACACCUAUGAAUUUGUCAAAAAUUAUCAUCAGAUCUACAAGUAUAAUUGUACGCUUAAAGAUGAAUUUAUCAAAAAGGGUAUGGAUAAAUACAGGAUCAAGAGUAAAGAUGGCACCAGUUAUAUGGACAAAUUCCCAGGUGAUGUGGAGAUGGCAGAGAAGUUAACAGGAGGAGAUCCUGAUAUAUUGAACCAGGAGAAAUUUUGUCCUGAAGAGAAACCGGAUAUCUCCGCUCUGUUUGGUGAGAAGAAAAUUCCAAAGAGAAAACGCGAUCGCGAAGAAGCACAUAGGCGCUCGGCCGAUGGUUCAGAGAUUGCGAGGAAGAUCACACAUCCACGUUUUUUACGUGGGGAGAGCGAUCACGAGGUCCGAAUUCGUCAACAACCCAAUAGUUUACCGUCGACUCCAACUAAUGCAGGUUCUCCGGUAUAUCGUUGUCAUUUCUGUAACUUCACUUCUUCACGUGUCAACGUCAUCAUUUGUCAUAUAAAAAGUCACCGGUCCGAUGACUCGCCAAUGCCACGAUUGAAUAUGAAAACGUAUUCUCAGUCGCGUGGUAGGAUUUCUGAAACCAGUACACCGAAACGAAAGUACGUGAAGAAAGAGAAGAGUCCAUCGAGUAAGAAGAAGACCGAGAAUAGGCAGGAAUCUGUUAAACGGAAACACUCGAAACAGACUGAGAAAUCCAAUAAGAAAAAGAAGAGCGAUCCGGAAUUGCGGGAAAAGUUGUUGGCCGAUUGGGAUGAUGAAUCAGAUGAGGAAAUAAAUGUUGAUAUAAAUAAUUCCCUAAAUAAUAGAUUAAGUACUGACUCCUUGUCCACAAAGAAUCAGUCGAGCUUCGAUGAUGGCAAGGAGCACUACGGUGAUGACAAGGAUGUUGCAUCUGUGGGGAAUAGUGAAAUUCUGGCAGAAACGGAGAAACUACUUAAGGAAACUGAUCAGUUAACUUCGAUAUACAUGAUGCAGGAUUCAUUGGAUAGCUUGCAUGCUUCAAGGAAUAUCCAAUUUGGUUUUGACAAAAAAUCCGAUUUUGAAAAUUCUGGAAAGGAUACGAAGAUUAUUGGUAGAUCGAUUGAAACGUUAGAUAAAUCACAAAAGAGGGAUACUUUUGAUAAUGAGAGCAAACACGCUUCGGAUAAAGAUGACAAAAAGUCACGAUUAUCGUGCUUCGAUUUUGACGAGGAUGAUUUAAGCGAACCUUCUAUACCGCCUGUACGAAAGAUUCCCCGAGUUUUCGGCGAGAAGAAUUUAUCUUUGAAGAAAGAGAUUAUCAAAGAAUUUGAAAUGAGUCAAGCUCUGAAAAAUGAAAUUAAGAAGGAAGCCAACAAAAUAUCUGAAUUGGGUAAAAAUAUGGAAUUAAAAACUGACGACAUAAUCGAAAUAAUACAAGGUAGAGACUAUCGCCAAGAAAAGGAAACCAAAGUAAGUGAAAAGCUCAAUGAGAGUGUACAAGGUAAAACAGAAUUGAACCAAUCUGAUGAAGAUAUAAACGAAGAAAAAACCAAGCAAUCCGAAAAUGAUCAACAGAAGUCUAAUAUUAAAACUUGUCAAACGGAAGUAAACAAAAUUAUGGAAAUAUUUCAUGUUAAGAGAAGAGACGAUGACGAUGAUCAUUCUUCGAAUGUAAAGGAUAUUGGAAAGGCUGCAUCUAAGAUUGCGUCCAAUGUAUCAGCAGAGAGAGAUAAAAUGUCAGAAAAGGACGAUGUCAAGUCUACCGAUGAAAAUUUACCUCAGUCUGAGAAAACUGAUUCCGAGGACGUGAUCGUCGAAUCUAAUGACAACGCUUCGAUGAAAGAAGCGGACGAUACUAUGUCGGAACGAUUUACAACAGAAACGGAGGAUGAGACUGUAUCCGAAUCUGCAGAAACUGUGCCAGAACAAAGUGAAAAUUCAGAUACUGAUAUGUUAGAUCAAAGUGUUGGCAGUCUCUCGGGAAAUCGCAUCGGGCAGGUAUUAGUUAAAAGAGGAAGAGGCCGACCACGUAAGAACGCGAGAUCGACUAUUAGUGAGAGUACCAGUGCGAAUAAAAGUUCAAAGACGAAAGCUAACAGAGGCAACAAGAGAAUUCGUAUGAGCGAAAGGAUUGAAAUUGAACGAAAAACUUCCGAUUCUGAUACAGAUCGUUCGUAUAGCGGUAGAAGGCGCAAACCAAACAAGAAAUACCUGGAAUCCGAUAUAUACGUUCAAGAUCCUGAUUAUAAAGCGUUCAGGACUGACGAGAGUCAAUCUGAAAGUGAGUCUAAGACUUCUGAAAGAGUCACAAGCAAAUCUAGAAGAGGCAGACGUUCUAAAGGAAGUGACAAGAGGAGCAACGAACUCGUCACUCAAAUGGACAAGCAAGAAAUAGAAGUAUCUGACCAAACGUCAACUGUUGCCGAGAAUAAUGUCAGCAUCUUAUCGAUCGAUAUAAAAAACAAAGUACCCGAGAAUAAAAAGGAGGCCUUUUCCGAAAAAGAAGAAAGAGAAGAAGAAAAAGACGAAAGAAAAUCUGUAAAAAUAAAAUGUGAUGUACUUGGGGAACAAGUAAAAUUUUUAGACAAAGUAGCUGUUGAGAAAGUUGACAUAGAUGAUGUAUAUUCGGAAAAUGUAGAAACGACAUCGUCAUUCCAGAAAUUAGAGACAAUAAAUGAAACGGAAAAAGGACUCGAUGUAGGCAAAGCUGUGAAGGAAUCAUAUGAAAUGGAGACAAAAGAUGGUUCAUCGAAACAAACUAAAGAUAACGAAGACUUUAAAGAUCACGAAAAGUCAUCGAUCGUAGAGCAAACUGACAAUAAUGUCGAUAAGAUUGAAAUACAGCAAGAUGCUCUGAAAACGAACGUGGAUAUGCUACCACCGAAGAAAUCGCAAAUAAAAAAAUUUGAAUUGUCACAAAUAGACUUUUUUGAUUCAGAUAUUCAAUCUAAUAAAAAAGCGGAGCCUGAGCCCAACUCUGAACUUGAGUCUGAAUGUAGAAUCGAAUCUGAACCAAAAAUUGAACUUGGGCCUCAAUCUGAAUCUCAAAGUAACAUUAAUGAAAAAGUAAAUGAAGAUGAAAUAAAAGCGACGUCGAGCAAAGCGGCAGACGAAGUUGGCAAAUUUUUGAAUAUUGAAAAUGAACAGCAAAGAGAUCUGAAAAGUUCCGAACUGCAGAAAAAUACAGUUAAAUCUGUUGUAAAGGAAGAAGAGACGCAAUUGAUGGAGGAAGUAUCGCAAAAGACACAGGAUGUUAAUCAGCUCAAAUUGAAAUCACCGAGAAAGUCACCUAAAGCAGACGAUGCGAGAAAUACACCAAAGAGUCCAACGAAAACGUUAAUCGAGCAACAAUUGACACCCAAAAAAUCUUCAAUGCAAACGAGAUACAAAGGUAAAUUUACUCCAGAAACAGGUAAAGGAAGGAAAGACAAAGACUUAUUCUUGGAAGAAAAAUCGACUAAUAUAUUCCAGGAAGCUUUCCUGAAGACUUUACAAAUGGACAAGAAGAAGACAGUUGACAACGCUGACGUAUCAUCAAAGGAGAAAAAAGAGAGCAAAACCGCUAAAAGAAAAGGUGAAGAAAUUGAUGUCAAUGUCGCUGCUAUAUCUGCGCAAAGUAAAAAAAUUGACAAUUUGAACAAAGAUUCCAAAAUCCUUGCAGAUAUUCAAGCUAGAGAAAACGUACCUAUUGCGAGUGAUCUUGAAAAUAUCGAAGUGAUUAUCGAAGAAAAGAUUGAGAUCGAUAAAAUUGGAGAUGCUAUCCUCGAAACUAACGUUCAACUUGAAACGACAUCCAGCGAACCUGCUAUCACAUCCAAAUCAUUACUUCAGUCGAAGGUAUUUCCCGUUUCUGAAAAUAACGAUACGAGUACCAAUGUGAAAAAACUGGGUGAAAUCCCAAAGAUGCCCGUAGCCACGUUAUCUUCAUCUACAUCUGAUAUCAGUGUACCAGUAAAAAAACGUGAGAUGCCACGAAUAAUAGAGAGUGUAACGUUGACUGAACCAGUGCAAAUUUUAAAGUCAAAGUUACUCGAUAAAGUACCGCCGCAAAAAGGUGUGAAGCACAGGUUGCUGGAAGUAGAUGCUACGAAGAAGAACGAUCAGAAAAGUGGCGGCGGCCCCAAAGCAAAGAUAAUUAAAAUAGAAACACUGCCAUCGAACAGCAAGGUAAAAACUGCUAUAAAGUCCAGUCCGCACAUGUGUCUGACUAAAAAGCUUCAAGUAUUAAAGACAGAGGAAACAGACGCGCUUCUGGAGGCACAGAGUAAAGAACAAGGCGAGGCUACAUUGCAGACUAUUGUGACUGCGCCGGUAACGGAGAAAUACGUACAACAGAGUACUCAAAGUCUCGCGGACAUAGAACUGGACAUCAACUCAAUGCCAUUUGUUCUAAGCGAAGACGUGUUAACGCCAGAGAGUAUAGAACAAAUGCCCGUUGUUAUAUCUUCCAUUAUACCACCUUCCAGCUCGAUCCCGACCACGCUCUCCUUUACUCCGACCACGCAGAUAGUAUCGCCUACUCGACAAACUCAAUUCAAGAUCGCGAACGAGAGUAUUACAACGGAAACAUCGCCGACAAAGAAAAAGAGCGGUGUACCAGCGAUAUUGAAGACCAAGAGCAAAACGAAACCAACCGUCACGAGCGUUAAAUCAUUAAUACCGCCGCUCACCGGUGGGAUAAAAGGUUUGAAAUUUCAAAGCGCUCAACCACCGGCUGGUAAAACGCCAACCCUCUUGACGCAGAAAGGUACUACUCCAGGAAAAUAUGUCGUCGUGCAAACCGCAGGUGGCCAACAACUGCGUUACAGUGUUCAAAGUAAGUCCGGCGCUCAACAGAAAGUUACUAUUUCAACUGCAAGUGGCAAAGCGGCAGGUAACGCGCAAGUGAUUCAACAAGGUGGAAAAGUUGUUAUAUUGACGUCGGGACAGUCUUGUCAGACUAAGAUGGUGCCGUUGAACAUUUCCAAGACUCUGAGUGCCAAAGUACAAAAGAUUAUGACGAGCAAGGGUCAUCUGCUGUGUCCGAUUAAUCCACAAGGUAGUAUAAUCGCUACUAAAACUGUCAUCGCGCCAAAAGCUGAUACUGUCGCUGCUGCUGCUGUUUCGCCUACCACAUCCAAAUUGGCCACCAGUGGUCACAAGAUCAUCAAUACGCAGGGCAUAAUUACGUCUAAAGGCGUGCUUACUCCGAUUUCAGGUACUAUCGGUAAAACAGCUUUAUUGGGUACGUUGUCCCAGGGAAUUCUCACCAAGGACGGCAUCUAUACACCGAUCAGCGCUUCGUCUUUGAGCGGGAAAACCAUUAUCGGUUCGAAGACUCUAGUUACGAAAGGUGGCACGACUCUUUUGAGUCCUCAAGCUCAAGGUCUAAGUGGCACGAAAGCGAUUUUGACACCAGUGUCUCAAACCAUCACCGGUAAAACUAUAUUAGGCACGCAGGCUGUCCUCAGUAACAAAGGCACUAUUCUAACGCCGAUAACCGGACAGCAGGUUAAAGCCAUCGCUGCUAAGAGUCCAGUUAAAAGCGGCAAGGUGCAAUAUCAGUUACAGCAAAAAGUACAGCUACCGAUAUUGCAAAAGUCUUCAAAAGCGCCGACAUCGGCUGCAGGUUCACAAGCAAAGGCGUCGCCAUCUGCGAAAUCAUCAUCGGGGGGCAGUACGUUGAUUCUCCAAAGCACCGCUAGCACCGGUGCAAUACCUCAAAAAAGUAUAUCGCAUAGCAAGAAGAUCAUUAAGCAAAUAAUAACGCAACCAGGUGCCUCCAUUCAAGGCGUCGUUUCGCCGAGUGAUACGCAACAAACGGUAACAAUGGUGCCACAGCAAGUACCGCAGUCGAAGGGCAAAGCUGCCGUGUCGUCAACUGUACAAAAAGUCAUUAUUCCUCGAGCUGGUAGCCGCCAGUUGAAAACUCAAAAGAUCGUUGUCCAGAAAAUGCAAGAAUCGACAACGGUGCGAAGCGCUCAAACGAAGCAAACGGUUAUCGCGACUACCGCGACGAUUGUCGCCACCACCACCACCACCACCACCACCGUGGUAAACUCGCCGAUCGCUAAGACGGUUGCUCAAUCGAAACAGACAACUCCCACAAUGUCCAAAGCCUCCUCCGUCAAAGGAUCCCAGGCCUCGAGUAAAACGCAAAAAAAACUGUUGACCACCGCCACCACGUCCAACGUAAGUGUCACCGCGAGUAAUACCACUACAUUAUCCUCACUAGAAUCGGAGAAGAAGACAAAAACGGAUUUUCAGCUUGCCUUAGAUGCCCCCCGGAAAGAGCAAGGUAAAGUCGAGAAACUCCUAACUGAAAGUGCAGAAAAAGCGGGUGAAACAAAAACGGUCACGCAGCCUCAGAUCAUGGCUCUACCGACAGAAAGCAGCGAUGGCACGCAAACUUACGUAUUGGUGACGAUAGAUGAACAAGGACAGAUACAACCACUCGAUAACAAUGCUCUUAUGUCAUUGGAAGGAACUACGCAGAAUCCAGACGGCACGAGAACCUUGUACAUAGAUCCCAGUUCUCUGGGAGAGGUGGGCGCUCUAGACAACAUUGUCCUUCAAUUUGACAACAGUGUCUUGCCAAACAUUCAAACCGGCAGCAGCGUGACAGAGACUAGUCAAACGGCGAUCGUGAGCGAGAGUUUCCCCUCGUCAGAGGUGAUACAAACGUCCAAUCAAGACAUCCUGGCGGCUGCUCUCGCUAACACUGACUUUCAGCAGGGGAUCAGUUUGCCAGAAAACCAAGCAGGUAGCGUCAUGACCCAGACUGGUCUGACUCAGACCAGUCUUAUCAAUCAGACGAUAUUGCAGUCAACUAUUAUACCACCGACAGAACCGAUAUCUUCGCCCUCGGUGCUGGAGACUUCGCUGACUCUGAAUCAACCUAUUAUGACGCCGCUCGAAGUACCGAGCAAUCUGCCGAUUCAGUCAACGGAUCCGGCUCCCACCACAUCGGUGGUUUCCACUAUUCCAUCUUCCCUCGAGUUACCGAUUACCAUUACGAAUCCCAGCAUCUCCUACAUAUCUGCCACAGGAGAGACACAGAUUCACAUCCCUGGUAAUUCGAUGCCAGACAUCGGUGAAAUUAUGGAGUGCCCGGCGACGAUAGCGAGCGAAGAGAUAGCUCACACUGAGAUUCCCACGAAUACUCAAUACUUAGUGAUUUCAAAUCUGGAGGACAGUAUCGCGACCACCGCAGAUACGCCGAAUGUGCCGAACGCUCAGAUCGCGAUUGCACCGUCCAGCUCGUAUACGGUCACAAUGCCGAACAGAGUGCUGGAGAACGUGCAAGUUCAAACUACUCCAUCGAUGCCGAUCAUCGACGAUACGUACGCGGACAAUUCGCAAUUAACUACAACGAUCGUCGCAACCGAGCAAACAUUUGUUCAAGUGCCAGUAUCGGAGAUGUUGGUCUCCAAGGCGUCGGAGAAUCAAGUUUCAGUCUCUUCUCAAAAACCGAUUAUCUCGACCGACAAGAAUUUUGACGAGAGACCAUCUUCGAUGUUGCAGGGUGGUUAUUCGUCUCAGGAAGUUUCUGACACAUCUGGAGACUUUAUUCUGCAACGAUCGGCUAACGAAGAUACGGCUUCGAGCACAAUGGAAGUUGAGCGAGAAAUGGAAAACAAAGGAAGCGAUACGUCAAUGACCGAUUUAUCGACAAUAGACAAAACCACCUUGAUUGCGUCCGAAUCUAAUUCGCAGGUGGAAUCUAUGGAACAGUUGACUUAUGAGGUGACGGACUCGAGCGAACGUAAAACCGCAAGCGAAUCGCAUGAAGCGAUGGAUAAGUUGAAACAGUUGGCGAUUUCAGAAGAAUCUAGCAACAAAGUCAAGUCGGGCGUAGACCAACAAGUAGCUGGCACGUCGAAUCGAAUGGAAGCCCACAAAACAGAUUCGCGAGUUUUAUCAGCCGAAUCAUUAAAUCCUACGAAUGACGCAACUAUGGAACUGGAUGUAGCAGUCGAAGAACCGGAUCCGUUCGCCGGAAGCACGAUUGGUAAGAAAAGUACGAAAGAUUGUCAAAGGGACGAGCCAUCGUCGCAGGAAGAAUCGGAUAGACGUCGUUUGCGCCAGAGCAUGGAACUGCGUUUCGAGGAAGAAGAGGAGGCAAUCGCGGAAGCUAGUCAAGAAACGCCUUCGCAGUCUCAGUACGAACAGUUCAACGUGUCUAUUAGCAGCGACUCCACGGAUCUACCUAGUCAAUCUGCCUCCAAGUUGGAGAGCUCUUCAGGCGAAGCCACACAGUCGAUCGCGUACGAGUCGAUGGAGAUGGACGAGGAGACUGUCGUGGUGGAACCACCGUCACAGUCAUUCGAACAUACAAAGAUCAACGAGGCAUCCCAGUCCUACGAAGCUUUAGCGGAAUCCAACGUAAACGCGCCAACGCAAUCUUUCAACGAGAUCGUGCAAAGUCAAUUAGAGCGACCGAAUAUCGACGAGGUGAUCGAUGAUCAGAGCUUCCCUACGCAGAGUUACGAAGUCGACAAGGGUGAGAGUGUGACGGAGAAUCUGGAAACUGACGCGGAGAUCAGUCAGGAGGGUAAUAUACCGUCACAAUCCAAUGACGUUGGUGUCGAUGGUAUAGGCACAUCAUCCGUGUCGACAAAUAAUUCCGGAUUGAACGAGGAUGAAACAGCGAGCUCCUCUUACGUACCGGAGACACCCGAGAACCAAGAGCGCGAUCAGGAUCAGGAGAGUGCGAUAAGCACGUCAUCGUACGAAAUACCGCCAUGCGAAGAGCUCAACAUUGCCUCGUCCAGCGUGAUACCGGACACGUCGGUGAACGCGGAGCAUCCUAACAUCCACGAUAACGGUGUACCGGAGAUCCCGACCUCUUCAUCGUAUAACCUGAAUCCCGAUAUCACGUCGACCCACCACGUGGAUUCUGUGCCUACUUCCAGCUUUGAGGACCAAGUGAUUGUCGAGCAAAAUGUCUCGACGUCGUACGAAGUACCGAUUCCAAUGCCCGACCUGGAGGAGACGUGUUCGCAAAACUUUGUCACGGAGAGUAGCGAUCAUCAUCGGAACGAACCAUCGAGUUAUUACGCUCAUCAUCAGGAAGUGACGGCGAGUUACUACGAGUCUGUAGAUCAGGAUGCAAAUUCUCGAUUGGAAGAGGAUCCACACGAGGAGCAGCACGUCACACCCGGUGGCUACUACGAGGGCAAUCCUCAGGAGGUGAGUCAAAGCUAUUUCGCUCCGACCGAGGAGACGCCCAGUUACACCAGUCACGGUAUCUCGCCCGGCUAUUACGAUCCCAGUAGACCCGAAAGCGAGGCGAGCCAAAGUUACUAUUCAACGGACGAUCUGGACGGGAAGACGGAACAGACAUCUUCAUCGCCGAACAUCGAGGCAUCGCAAAGCUUCUAUCAGGAGAGAUCGAGCGAAUUGAAACUGAGGCAACAACAGGGUGAGGCCACCCCAACCUAUCCCGAAAGAUAUCCGGUGGAUUACAGUUUAGAGAACUCGCCGAUCGAAAAGCAUGAUCUUGUGGAAAGCUCGGUGCCAGCCACUAGGCCUAUGGACAGGUAAUAUACUACCGUGGGGGACAGUGGUAACAAUACAAAUUUUCACUUGAAAUAGACUAUCGAUGGACUGUCGCGUACACAGAAGCGCACUACGCCCUAAACAUAUAAACUCUUGAAUCUAUUUUUAAAUGUAAAUAUAACGCGUUAAUUAUAAUAUUAGUAAAGUAACCGUUUAGACUUAGACUAAGUUAAACUUUGGCGUUAGAUUUUAUUGCGCUAGGCUUCUAGACGUACAACAAGCGAAUGCACUUACAUACAAACGCAUGUGCAUUCAUGUACGUUGAAACAAAAAGGAAACAGAAGAUAAAAGAACUACGAAUGUGGUAUAAUCCGUGGAUCUUAGGAUUCGAAGAAACUUACACAGUUUCAUCAUUGCAUUAAAAUAUUGCUGUGGUCUUGAUUUUAUCGUCAUCGACGUUUUGAUAUGAAGAGAAGGCAUGUCCGUACAAUCGCUAGAGUAUAAACGAAGGAAAGCAAGCUAUUUAGAUGUAAAGAUGCAUUAUUAUUCCUUCUUUCUUUUUUUUUUUUUUUUUUUUUUUUUUUUGAUCUUUUUUAUCACAAAGAUUUAUGUUGGCUGAACGUCGGUUCCUGAUUUCCAUCAUAUUAUUUCUCUCCAUGUCUACAAUGGAGCAAUGGAGAGAAUUGCAGUGAUAAUCGCACGAUACAAAUUUAUUUUAUCAUGUCAAGAUAAAAAGCGUGACGAUCGAUAGUCAAACCAAUGUAAUCGCAAUAAAAGAAAAAUCAUAAUCAACAUCCUAGGAUUUCACUGUUACUCCAUAAUUUCAAGUCUUAAUGUAAGCAAUUAUUCAUUUGUAGCAGUUCGAAGAGCUCGUGUGUGAUUGUCAAACAAACAAAACGAAGACUUAAUGCAAGUCUCGAAGAGUCCUUUUUAUAGUCUUUACUCUUUAAUAUUAACCGAGACUACUAAUGUUCUCGCUUGUUUCAUUUAUUCACUCUUUUACAUCUGUGACAACUGUUUGGUUUUUUACGAUCUUGAGAAGCAAAGAGCACAACAUUUCUGAUUGUAUAUCCAUAAUGAUACAUGCUCUAUAAUAUGAUGAAAAUGCGAGAAACGGAAAGACUCUCGGUCUAUCUUAAAGACUUUUAAGUUGAUUCUACAAUGAGUCGGUAGUCGGAAAUCUUCAGUUUUAAUCAGUCUUAAUCUAAAUAGGUGACUAUAAUUUUUCGCAUCUACAAGUUAUUAAUUAUACAGUGAGUCGUUUAGUUCGACUAAUAGGAAAAUCGAAUUUGGUCAGUCUUAAGAAAAUCGGUAGUCUUAGUCUUGGCUGUUGGCCAACUUCACUGAUUCAUCAAUAAGACUAUUUAGGAUUAUCUCUCCCCCCCCCCCUCUCUCUCUCUCUCGACUCCUUGUAGAAUCAGCAUUAAUUUUUGCGAAUAAAAAUUGCGCCCUACCUCGCUUUGCUCAAUGUGUGAACAAUGUAAUUUUUUUAAAAUAGCGACUAUAGAUCGCGAUAAAGAAUGUGUAAAGCUCUGAGCGAAACGAGGGUCAUAUUCUCUAGCUUAUGUUUAGUUUGUAUAGAGUCAAUACAAACUAUAUAUAUGUAUAAAUACGUACACAC